AUGGUGAAUAGUAUCAAGCAAAAUGAGAAAGAGGUUGACAGAGUAGCAAAAAAGUAUCUUGAAAAUUACUAUAGCUUUAAGAAAGAUGGAGAAUCUCUUGUUUGGAAAAGUAAUAGCCCAGUGAACCAAAAACUGAAAGAAAUGCAGGAAUUCUUUGGGCUGGAGGUGACUGAAUCAGAUUCUGGCACUUUGGACUUGGUACAGAAAUGUCACUGUGGAUUCCCUGACAUAGCUGGGUUCUCUACCUUGGCAGGAGAGCCAAAAUGGGCAAAACAAGUUCUGACAUACAGGAUACUAAACUACACACCAGACCUGCAUCCAGCAGAUGUCAAUGCAGCGAUCAAGAAAGCAUUAAGUGUUUGGAGCAGUGUGACUCCACUGAAAUUCAUGAAGAAGGAUAGAGGUGAUGCAGACAUAAUGAUCUCCUUUGCAGCCAGAGAUCACAAUAACUUCAUCCCCUUUUAUGGCCCAGGAUGAUCCCUUGCUCAUGCCUAUGCAACCAGCAAGGUGAGAGAUGCUCACUUCAAUGAGGAUGAAACCUGGACCAAAAGUAUAGAGGGUACAAACCUGUUUUAUGUUGCUGCCCAUGAGUUUGGCCAAUCACUGGGACUCUUCCAUUCCAAAGACCCCAAUGCUUUGAUGUAUCCAUUCUUCCAUAAACUGCUUCUUUUAGGACCAUCUUCUAACACAUACAAUGAUCAAAGGGAAUCUACUGAGAUAAAAGACACAACUGAGCCAAAAGAUCCUGCACUGACAAACACCUGUGGCCCCAAUUUAACUUUUGAUGCUGUCACCACUUUCCAUGGAGAAAUAAUGUUUUUUAAAGACAAGAAAAAGAAGAUUCUGAUAAUAUGUCAUCAUCAACUUUUCUUCAUAGGGAAUGAAUUCUGGGUUGUGAAAGGAGAUACCAUGCUUCCUGGAUACCCCAAAAAACUCUACACCAUGGGCUUUUCAAAGGAUCUUACCAAAAUUGAUGCUGCUUUUUAUAAUGAAAAUGAGGGGGAAACAUAUUACUUCAUAGUGGACAAAUUUUGGAGGUAA